CUGCUGCCUCGAUGGCUAGCUGCUUUAUCUGCAUAUUCACCCAAAGCCUCGUGCAUCAGUUUUCUCCCAUUGCUCCGGUGAGCUCCGACGAUCUCCGCCUUCUGGUUCAGGCUUCACUCUCUCCUUCCCCUUCCCUUUUGUCCCCUCCUGCCUUUUCUGCAACCUGAUUCCUGGCAAUUUUUUGACACCUGAAGGAAAAGCUUGGGAGGCGUGAAGCCUUGCAAGUAGUAAUGUUAAGGGAGGGAGUAAAAAAGAAGAAAGUCUGGGAAGGCAUGAGGUACAGGAUGACUUAUUACAAAUAGCUUCUGCUGAUUUUGCAUGGACUGUGGAGCAAAAGGAACUGCGUUUGGGGGAAAACGUUUUUGCUCUGGCUGCAGGGUCACAAUCAAGAAAAAAGGCAGAGGAACCCAGGACAAGUUAUAAUCAGUCAAAGAUGAGUGGAAAUAUUCCACUGCCAACUGCAGAGUGUAAUGAAUCAAAUAUCUCCGGGUUUCAACUAGCCAUGAUCGUGUCUAAUAAGAUGGAGCAGCUUACAGAGCCUACGGAUGCUCCAGCUAUCACAUCCAGUAUUCAGAAUGAUGCCGAGUCUUUCAGAGCAAUGGAGAACAGAACCCAGACAGAUGAUGACUGCCUGGGUAAUGCAAGCAAACAAGAGGAAGUGGAAAUAGAUGUGUGGCAGGAGAUGAGUAUGCAGAAGAGCAAUGGUCAGCAAGAACAAUUAGGAGCCAACAGUGACAGCACCAGCAACAUAAUGCACACAAAUGGGUUACAUGCUGAAUCAAAGCCUGGUAUAGAAAAUGAUAAAGACAGAGCACAAACUCCAUCCACUCCAAGGACUGGCAGUGCUGCUUUCAAAGAGAACAUCUUGGCAAAUGAGUUGUUUCUCAAUGAUAGAAGGAACAAUUAUGGUUUGCAAUCAUGUCGGGAUGUUACUGAGCUGUUUUAUCCUGAGGAUGGAGAAGAACACAUAAGCUUAAUUGUUGCAGAAUCUAACCUCUGUUACAGCAGUCACGACAGGGAAAAUUUUGCAUUCAAAGACAUCAGGGAUGGAUUCAGUUCUACUUUUGAAAAAAUUGUGGAAUCUGACCUUAUGAAGGGCACAUACUACAGCAGCUUGGACUCCUUGGAUGUGCUCUCCCUUACAGAUGAGACAGACAGCUGUGUUAGUUUUGAAGCUCCACUCACACCUCUUAUUCAGCAAAGAACCAAAGAAAGUUCUGAAUUUUCAGAACAGAAAUUCCUCACUAACCAGAAGGAAGGUCUGGAGCCCAGGGCAACAGAGAAACAGGGUGAAAUGAUGUCCAGGGUUAUGGAUGAUGAUUUGGGGAGUCCCCUGCAGCACUCCAUCACUAGCAGCCAGUCUGAGAAUGUGCUGAGCCAAGUAUCACUGAAAAAUAUUCCUAACGGCUAUCACAUGGAACGGUCAGAAGAAAAGCUUCCAAAAUUUAGUAAUUCAAUCAGUGAUGCCAACAUAAAAGAUGGCCUUUCGGAUUCAGAUUCUGAUAUGGGCAGCACAGAACAACUUGACCAGGGAAGCACGGACACUCUUAUCAAUGGCUGCAAGGCACACAGUGAGGCUGCGAAAAGACUAGCUAAAAGGCUCUACAAUCUUGAAGGAUUCAAGCACUGUGAUGUGGCCCGCCAGUUGGGCAAGAAUAAUGAAUUUAGCAAAAUGGUAGCAGAAGAAUAUCUCUGUUUCUUCGACUUUACUGGAUUGACCUUGGAUAAAGCACUCAGAGCUUUCCUAAAAGCUUUCCCCCUUAUGGGAGAGACACAGGAACGGGAGCGGGUCCUCAUCCACUUCUCUCACAGAUAUUGUCACUGCAAUCCCCAGGAGAGCACAUCGGAAGAUGGAAUCCAUACACUCACCUGUGCUCUGAUGCUGCUGAACACUGAUCUCCACGGCCAUGUAAGUAUGGCUAAUAAAAAGAGACUAACCUUGUUUCUCCCCUUCGUCUUUGCAGAUUCUGGCUAUCUGCUGAUAUUCUGCCUUAAUUGUGUGUCCCUCUUUCCUGUAGUCAUGGGAAAUAUUUAUCCAUCUUUUUCAGCUCCAAGAGGACGAAGGGGAUGGAAGAAAUUUUAUGCUGUGCUUAAAGGGACCAUACUGUAUUUGCAAAAGGAUGAAUAUAAACCUGAUAAAGAUCUUUCUGAAGUAGAUCUAAAGAAUGCUAUUCGCAUUCAUCAUGCCUUAGCCACAAAAGCCUCGGAUUAUAGUAAAAAAUCCAACGUUCUGAAACUGAAGACAGCAGACUGGAGAGUGUUUCUCUUCCAAGCUCCGUGAGUACCACAGGAAAGAUUAGUCAGGAUUAUUAGAACUUGGGGUGACUUAUUUGAGAUGUUGUUUUUACACCUUCCAAGGCUCUGGAGAUCUGAUGACAUUGCCAUAGAAACUGGGGAACUAAAAGGGCAUAUUCAGCCUGGCAGAAGCGUAACUCAUCUGUUUCAGUUUUUAGGUUAAUGAAA